AUGGGGAAGAAGAAACAAAAAGCGAGCUUUUCUCUCCGGCGCUGUGGAGAGGGCUCGGGGGCAGGGCCGGAUGACGGGGAAUGGGGACGCAGCGGGGAUUUAAGGGGCCCGUCUCGCGGGUCUCGGGGCAACCGCAAGCCCCGCGGGCCCCCUGUGUCCUCUGAUAUGUCAUUCUCUGCUGCCCUGAAGGCGGCUGGCUUAUCUCUUCGUCACAUUGUGCCCGACGGCAACUGCCUGUUUCGUGCUGCUGCUGACCAGUUGUAUGGUCAGCAGACACAGCACCGAGCAGUGAGGGCAGCUGCCGUAUCUUACAUGUCGAGCCAUGAAUCAUCCUUUUCAGGCUUCAUAGACACUGAAGAGGAGCCCUUCAACAAGUACUUGAAGCGCAUGGCCACAGACGGCACUUGGGGUGGGCAGCUGGAGCUGCAGGCCAUUUCUCUUGCCUACAAAGUCAACUUGCUCAUUUACGUGGCUCCCGAAGAGGGCUGGGGAGAAGGAGGAGGGGCCCACCGCAGCGGCAAGGGCAAGACGGGGGCCUCUGCCGCCGCACGGCGAGAACGGGGGGCUGCGGACGCCGCCCAAGACGACGGAGGGGCCCCCAAAUGGGACAUAUGGAAAAUGCAGAACUUUGGGCCUUCCGCAGUCUGUCUGCAACUCGCUUUUCAUCCUGACAUGCAGCACUACAACUCCUUAAGGAUGCAAGGGGCCCCCGAGGGGGCCCCCAGCACUUUAACGCUGCAGCAGCUGCAGGCCCAUAGCGACAGCUGGGAGGGUCAGGGAGAAGACGGCGUCCCUCAAGAAAAUUCAGUAGUCUCAACAAAGGAAGGGCCCCCAAUAGAACAGACACUCCAAUUAAACGAGGCGGCAGUACUGCAGGAGCUAGCAGCAAAUGAACCCAGCGCAACCAUCAACAGCAGCAGCUGCAGCAGCAGCAGAUACGUGGGCCUCCCGCCGGACAAAAUGUUGGAGGCCCUCCGGGCAGUGGCAUCUCUGACCAACAUGGGCCCCCUGUGCCCGGCCUGUGCUGCUUGCUGUCGAGCUGCGUGGCGGCGGGGGGCCCUAACGGCGCAGCUGAACUCGUGGGGGCCCCUCGGCGGCCCCUCUCUUUUUCGCUAUGCGCCUCUAGCAGCAGAAGCUGCACAAGAGGUAGAGGAGAAGCCCGUCAAGAGCCGCCAGAGCGCAGCACGCUUGAGGGCCAACUAUUCCCUUCGCCACAGAGGCCGGAGCUGCCUCGCAGCCAUCUGGCCCCGCAGGCGCCAGCGAGUCGCCACCUCUACUGAUUCCAGAAGCAGCACUAGCAGCACUGACAGCAGCAACGAGAGCAGCAAGGCAGACUCUGAGGGAGUCAACGGCGAUGGUAGGGGGCCACCUAAAGACGGGGCCUCGCACCCCAACGUGUUAAUGGCCGUGCUGCAGCCGCCACCAGGCAGCAGCAACACCUCUGAGGUCUACUUGCACCGAAAUCUGAUAGACAGUGGCAACGGCAGUACGGGCAGUGUCGGCGCUGCUUUAGAUGGCCUUUUCUCCAUCGACUCCAUCAGCUUGCGCCUCCACAACUGCACGAACCCUCCGCCAGCAGCGCCAGCAGUACCUGCAGAAUCCGCCGCAGCUUCGCCUUCGCCUCGCCGCAGGAGGGCGCCCUUAACUACAACAGCUGCAGCAGCAGCAGAAGCAUUGGAAGCCGCGCAUACAAGGGCAGCGCCACCAGCAGCAGCGACAGAAGCUCCAGCAACACCGGAAGACCUGUCUCAGCCCGCAACAGGCGGAAACGAUGGAGCCGAGCCAGUAGAGGGUGCAGCAGCAACAACGGCAGAAGCAACUGCAGCAGACGCAGCAGCAGAAGCAACAAGGGUAAAGGGAGCAGGGGCACCAGAAGGAGCUGUAGUAGCAGCGAAAGAGGUCUUGCUGCCAUGCAGGGUGUGGGCGGGCCCCACACUACUGAGAAUAGAACGCGCCCCAUUGCUGCAGCCCAGCAACGCCAGCAGUAGUAACGGCACGAGUAGCAGUAUUAAAGGCACCGGCAGCAGCAGGAGGGCGGUCUCUCUUCCUUCACUGCGUAUCCGCUUGCUGCCUUGUGCUCGAUUGUGGCUUACUGGUGAGGCAGCAGCAGCAGCAGCAACAGCAGCAGCAACAGGUUCGCCGUGUUUCAAAGUGACAACAACAGGAGCAGGAGGCGAAGUCUCCGUCGUCGAGGUAGAAGCAGGGCCAGAUGCUGCCGCCGCUGUUGCUGCUUCUGCGGCUGCUGCUGUUGCUCGGGGUGGCGAGAGUGCUGCAGCUGAUGCCAAGGCAGGAAGCUCGACCCAGCAGCAAGAAAAGCAGCAGCAGCGGGAGCAGUUGGCAAAAAAAGGAAGGAUGACUAAAAAGGAGCGGGCGGAACUGAAAAAGGCAAAGAAACUGCAAAGAGAACUUUCCAGGGCUGAGCGACGCCGCACAGCAGCCUGCGAUUCAGGCAAGGAUGGGGUCCCCCAACGCAGUAGUGAGGGGGAUCCUGCUGGAGGGGAGGCAUCUCUGCAAAAUCUGGCCGAGCUGACCCGUCGGUUGCUAACUGUUUAA